AUGCUGCAUUCUACCGGCUCCAUCGACUGCCCAUACUGGGUGGGAGCUCCGGGAGAGCCUUGCCAGCAGCCCUACAGCCACUUCCGGCAACGGGGAGCUUCCGACCCCGGCGCUCCCGGUAGCGGCGGUGCGGUGUCUCCCGCAGCAGGGCUUGGCUAUGACCUGCACAACCAGGAGCUGCCUCAACCUCCUGCAGAGAGAGAGAAUGGCACGCUGGGCCAAGGUGAUGGCAUGCUGGAGCUGAUCAAGCAAGCCAUUGAAGCUGUGCAUAGCAAAAUAGAGCUGGAGCAGAGGCGUUACCAGGAGCUCCUGGAGAUGGCACGGGGACGCGGUGCUGGGGCUUCAGCCCUGGCGCCCGGCAGCCCUGCCACGAGCCUGGAUGAUGAGGACACCUUCUCACUGGCCCUCCCUUACACACCAGGUGGCCUGCUGAGCCCAGACUCAGGCUACCAGCCCACCCCACUGGCUGCCCCUGCUGAGCAAGGUCACAAGUACUCAUUGGCCCCUUCAGAGACGGGUCAGGGCAGAGUUGGAGGGGGUACCAGUGCCCUGGAGUAUGUCCCCAAGGCUGUGGGCCAGCCGCGCCACUGUGGCCGACCCGCGUCUGGUGGUAAGUACGUGGUGGACCGCUCAAAGCCAUCAACAGAUCUGGAGUACGACCCACUGUCCAACUACUCAGUUCGGCACCUUGGCAGGGCCAGUGCCAGGGAUGAGAGGGCCACCAAGCGGCCACGAGACUCCCCGGGUGCUGAGCCCUACACACCUGCCAUCAAGAAGCCCUGUGACCCCUUCGGCGGCUGUGAGGCCAAGUUCUCAGACUCAGAAGAUGAGGUGGCUAGCCCGGCGAAGGCUGAUGUCAGCAGCCCCAAGGCUGGGGCUGAACCCGAAAGCAAGGCACCUGGGAAACCUGCUUCCAAGGAGGGCCUGAAGCCAAAGGAGGGCAGCCUACGGGACACCAAGGAGAUAGCUGCGCAGCAUGACAUGGAAGACUUCGGGCAGCCUCCAAAAGCGGCAGACACAGUAGCCAGGGCCUCUCAUAAUGCUGGGGUCCCCAAGGAUGGCAAAGCCAAGAAAAAGAAAAGUGGGACACCAGCCAGCCUCAGCCACAAGGACAAGGCACGCAAAAGAGACAAGAAGAAAGACAAGGACCCAGGAUGGCCCCGGGAGAAGGAGAAGGUGUCUGCAAACAAGAAGAGGCCACCAGCUGGCGGCCCCCAGGGCAAGGCCCAGGGCUCUGAAGGGACCAAGAAAAAGCCAUCCAACACCACUGCAGUGGCCAGUUCAGGGAAAGGGGGACCAGGCCGCCCUGCCAGUGGAGGGCCCCGGCCCCAAGACUCUGGGUCUGGUCCCCACACACCGCUGGCCUGGAAAGGCGGCAGUGAUAGGAAGACACCAUCAGGGAAGUUGGUGGGACGCAAGGCCGGCUCCCUGGACAAGGGUGCCCCACAGGAAGCCCCUAAGCUCAAGAAGCGGGCCCUGAGCCACGCUGAAUUGUUUGGGGAUGAGAGCGAGGAGGAAGACUCUGGCUUGGGGGCCAGGGCAACCCAGGUCUGGCCCCCCACCCUGCCCAGCUUCAGCUCAGACUCAGAAUCAGACUCUGACUCCAGCCUGGGCUUCGGUGAGACACAGGUGCCCAAGUGUCUCAAGGCCAAGCCACCUGCAUCCCCGGUACCAACCUCCUCAUUGCCCUCCUCCUCCUCCUCCUCCUCCUCCUCUUCCUCCUCCUCCUCCUCCUCCUCGGGAGCCAGCCAGUGUUCAGAGGAGGAUGUGGACUACUCAGCCCUGGAGAAGGAGGUGGACUUCGAUGCGGACCCCAUGGAGAAGUGCCUGCGGAUCUUCAAUGAGUCUACCAGUGUGAAGACGGAGGACAAGGGCCGGCUGGCCCGGCAACCCCCCAAGGAAAAGGCCAUGGAGAAGGCGCACACAGGCUUGACCACUUUGUUCCCGGGGCAGAAGAGAAGGGUCUCCCACCUCUGUAAGCCAGGCAAGGAGGCAGAGGCCCCAAGGAGGGCCCCCGUGGCUCCCCCAGCCCGGCCCCCGACUGCUCAGGAGGUGUGCUACCGGAGAGCGCAGCAGGGGCAGAAGGACUCUGCCAGCUGGUUACAGGUGGCCCCGAGGCCAACAGACAGGCUCUCCUCCGUGCUUAUCUCAGCCCCUGGGAAGAAGAGGAGGAUUGCUCAUGUACCCAACCCCCUCCUGGCCACCACCCCAAAAGGUGCCAAGACGCUCCCGGCCAGCAGCAGCCAGGUGUCCCACGGUCCUGAACCUGGCACCCAGCCACUGAAGACAUGCACGUUGUCAGGGAUGGCAUCAAAGACCACCACCACUGUCACCCCCAAGCGCAUCGCCCACAGGCCAUCACUCCAGAGUCUAAAGAAGCCCAUUAUCCCAAAAGAAUUUGGCGGCAAGGUCCCCACUGUGGUUCGUCAGCGCUAACUCAACCUCUUCAUCAAGGAAUGCCUCAAGUUCUGCCCGUCCAACCAGGAGGCCAUCGAGAAGGCACUGAACGAGGAAAAGGUGGCAUAUGAGCGCAGCUCCAGCAGGAACAUAUACCUGAACGUCGCUGUGAACACCCUUAAGAAGCUGAGGGGCCGGGCUGGAGAGAUGGCUCAGAGGGGCCUGGUCCCCAACACCGUGCCCAGCCUCAGCAAAGCCAGUGGCCGCAGAGUUGUGUCCCACGAGGUGGUGCUGGGAGGCAGAUUGGCAGCCAAAACCAGCUUCUCACUGAGCCGCCCCAGCAGCCCACGGGUGGAGGAGCUGAAAGGGAACGCCUUGUACAACCGCCUCAGGGAGUACCUGCUCACUCAGGAGCAGCUCAAGGAGAACGGCUACCCCUUCCCCGACCCAGAGCGCCCAGGGGGCGCUGUCAUCUUCACAGCUCAGGAAAAGAAGCCCAAGGACCCCUCCUGCAGAACUUGUUGUCGCUGUGGCACAAAGUACCUUGUGUCCUCCUCGGGCCGCUGUGUGCGCAAUAAGGAGUGCUACUACCACUGGGGACUGCCGCGGCAGAAACGAGUGGCUGGGGGCUGGGAGACACAGUAUAAGUGCUGCUCAGCUGCGGUUGGCUCUGUGGGCUGUCAGGUUGCCAAGCAACACGUGCAGGACGGCCGGAAGGAGAACCUGGAGGGUUUUGUGCGCACCUUCCAGAAGGAGCUGCCCAAGGAUUCCCAUGCAGGGGUCUUUGCCCUAGACUGUGAGAUGUCCUACACUACGUACGGCCUGGAGCUGACCCGCGUCACAGUUGUGGACACAGACAUGCAGGUCGUGUAUGACACCUUUGUCAAGCCUGACAAUGAAGUUGUCGACUACAACACCAGGUUCUCGGGGGUGACGGAGGCUGACCUAGAGGACACAAGUAUCACACUUCGGGACGUGCAGGCCGUCUUGCUGAGUAUGUUCAGCGCUGACACCAUCCUCAUCGGACAUAGCCUGGAGAGCGACCUGCUGGCCCUCAAGAUUAUUCAUGGCACGGUGGUGGACACAUCAGUGCUGUUCCCGCACCGCCUGGGCCUGCCCUACAAACGUGCUCUGCGGAACCUCAUGGCGGACUACCUCAGACAGAUCAUCCAAGACAAUGUGGAUGGGCACAGCUCCAGUGAGGAUGCCAGGGCCUGCAUGCACCUUGUCAUCUGGAAGAUCCAAGAAGACGCCAAGACCAAGCGAUGAC